CCCGGCGCCUCCCCGAGGUCGCCCGGCGGAGGUCGCCGGGGCGGCGGAGGCCGCUGCGCGGCCGGGAGGAGCCGCCGCCGCCCGGUGCUGCGCGGGGAGGUAGGAGACAGCCCCGUGUCCCUGCCCCGCCACCCCAGGAGGCCGGCGCCGACCGCCCCACGCCUCGGCAGGCCCCGCGGCCGGCCCCGGCCCUGCGCAAAGUUUUCCUGGAGCUGGGCGCCGCCGACCCCGGCCGGAGCCGCGGGCCGAGCCGGCGGGAGCGGCUGUGCCUCCCCCAGCGCCGGGCCUGCCCGCGGGGCUGCUCCCGGGGGCACGACCGCGGCUGUCCGGAGCUGCAGCUGUCCCGGGGGACACCCGCGCCCGGAGUACCGGGGGCCUGAAAAGGGAUUUAAAAGUUAUUUCAGGAAUACGGAACACUUUAUAUUCAGGAAUACAAGAAAAACAGCAAAGUGGAGUCAAGUACAUGCAGCAGCUUCAUGGGCUUGAAGGAUCACCUGGGGCAUGACUUAGGCCACCUUUAUGUGGGGAACACUGGCACACAAAUAAAUGCAAUUGUACCUUGGUCAAUGGCGGAGAAGCCGACGAUGGAUAAGGUUAAUUCUAGGAAAGAAGAUGUGGACAAGGAGGCAUCUGAAGAGACUUCUGGAAGUUCCAGCUGUGACUCUGAAGAAAGCACAAAUUCUGAUAAUGAUUCAGAGAGACUGAAUAAUUCUACAUCAGAAUCACAUUUAUUGCCUAAGACUCACCGACCGGUGUGCCGAUCUCCUUGCCUAGAGCCUCAUAUACUAAAAAGAAAUGAAAUCCUGCAAGACUUUAGGAUAGAAGAGGCUCAGAUAGUACCUAAGGAGGUCAAAAAGCCCCCUGAUGUGGUCAAAGAAUAUCAAACCAAACUGGAGUUUGCACUUAAGUUGGGUUACUCUGAAGAGCAGGUUCAACUUGUACUAAAUAAACUUGGUACUGAUGCUUUAAUAAAUGAUAUUUUGGGAGAACUUGUCAAACUUGGGAAUAAAACUGAGACUGAUCAGACUGUAACUAAUGCUAACACUAGUGUAAUGCGUGAAGCGUCUUCCGUAGAGUCUCAGAGGUCAGAGUCUCCACUGCAGGAGGAUGUGACAGAGGAUGGUGACAACCUGAGGCCCAUAGUUAUUGAUGGCAGCAAUGUUGCAAUGAGCCACGGGAACAAAGAAGUAUUUUCUUGUCGAGGAAUCAAAUUGGCAGUAGACUGGUUUUUGGAAAGAGGCCACAAGGAUGUUACUGUGUUUGUGCCAGCAUGGAGGAAAGAACAGUCGAGACCUGAUGCUCUUAUCACAGAUCAAGAAAUCUUGCGUAAAUUAGAAAAGGAGAAGAUUCUUGUGUUCACACCAUCCCGCCGAGUGCAAGGGAGAAGGGUGGUAUGCUAUGAUGACCGAUUUAUAGUGAAGCUGGCCUUUGAGUCAGAUGGCAUCAUUGUUUCCAAUGAUAACUACAGGGAUCUAGCUAAUGAAAAACCUGAAUGGAAGAAGUUCAUAGAUGAACGCUUGCUGAUGUAUUCAUUUGUUAAUGACAAAUUCAUGCCUCCUGAUGAUCCUCUUGGCCGCCAUGGGCCAAGUCUGGACAAUUUUCUUAGGAAGAAGCCUAUUGUGCCAGAACAUAAGAAGCAACCAUGUCCAUAUGGGAAGAAAUGUACCUAUGGACACAAAUGCAAAUACUAUCAUCCAGAAAGAGGAAAUCAGCCUCAGCGAUCUGUAGCUGAUGAACUUCGUGCCAUGUCUAGAAGCACAGCUGCCAAAACUACAAGUGAAGGAGGACUGGUAAAAAGCAAUAGUGUUCCCUGUAGCACUAAAAAUGAUGGCACUUCUGAGCUGAAGCGUGCUGCUCCAAAGAGGCAAUCGGAUCCUAGUAUAAGGACUCAAGUCUAUCAAGACUUGGAGGAAAAGCUUCCCACCAAAAACAAAUUGGAAACCAGGUCUGUACCUUCUUUAGUUAGCAUACCAAGUUCCUCUGCUGCAAAACCCCAAAGUACUGCACCUUUAACUAACGGCCUUCCAUCCGGAGUUCACUUCCCACCUCAGGAUCAAAGACCACAGGGACAGUAUCCUACAGUGAUGAUGGCAACCAAAAAUCACGGAACGCCAAUGCCUUAUGACCAGUAUCCAAAAUGUGAGUCUCCUGUGGAUGUAGGGUAUUACUCUAUGCUGAGUGCAUAUUCAAAUCUAAGUAUAUCUGGUCCACGCAGUCCUGAAAGGCGCUUCUCCUUGGACACAGAUUAUAGGAUUAGCUCUGUAGCUUCCGACUGCAGCAGCGAAGGGAGCGUUAGCUGUGGCAGUAGUGAUUCCUACGUGGGUUACAGCGAUCGCUCUUACAUGAGUUCUCCUGACCCACAGCUGGAGGAGAACUUGAAGUGCCAACAUAUGCACCCCCAUGGCCGCCUUAACACUCAGCCUUUCCUGCAGAGCUACCACGAGCCUCUUGCACGUGUGCAGAACUAUAGUCAUGAAGAACCAAAGCAUCACCACAAACCUCCAAUUCCGUACAUGGCUGUGCAUCUACAGCAUCCAACAGUUGGUGCUCGUUCUAGUUGUCCCAAUGACUACUCUGCGUCUCAGAGUUCAUCACACACAAAGACCAUGCAUCUGGGGAGAGCCCUCGUGUCCACGAGAAUAGACAGCAUUUCAGACUCGCGUUUGUAUGAUAAUUCUCCAUUAAGACACAGAAAGCCUUAUUCUGGCCAAGAUGGGCUUGGAAGUUGGGAUAGGCAAAGUUAUGGGAUGGAUGCAUACGGCUACCGCCAGACCUACUCCUUGUCGAGUAACCCCACACAGCCGUGUUAUGAGCAGUUUGCCUUCCAAAGCUUACCUGAACAGCAGGACCAGACCUGGCGUGUACCUUACUGUGGAAUCCCUCAAGACCCUCCGAGGCACCAAGACACACGGGAGAAGGUUUACAUUAACCUCUGCAACAUCUUCCCCCCUGAUCUUGUGAGGAUCGUCAUGAAGAAGAACCCUCACGUGACGGACGCUCAGCAGCUCGCUGCAGCCAUCUUAAUGGAAAAAUCUCAGCUAGGUUAUUGAGAGAUGACGCAUCUUUGUGGUGUCUAGUAGUUUUCAGCUCAGCUCUAAUGCUGAGGGAGGUUUGCUACAAUAGCAUUUGGGAUCUCCUUCUCAGCAAGGAGGUUAUAUAGUAAUCCGUUUAUGUGAAAUACUGUAUCAUGGAGUCUGUAUGUAUAGCCCCAUGCAUCGGAAGUACCAGAUAUGUUUUGUGUUCUAGUUUGAAAUUUUUUAAAUGGCUAUUUUCACAUCUGGAAAAUGUUCCAGUUUAAAUUAAUAUAUAUAUAUAUAUAUAAAAAAAAAAAAUCUGUGGUCUCUGGUUAUAAUCUUUGGUGCAUCAGGGGUUUAUAUGCAGCACUUUCUAUCCUUGUUACAUGUUGUUGGGAUUUUUGUUUUCGUUUUUAACUUGCUGGAUGUUUGUCCUUUGUCUGUGUGGUAUAAAACAACCUGCAGAAAGGAUUUUGCUACUUCUGGCAGGCAAUUUUCAAGCCAAGUUUUUGAACUUUUUACAACACCAUAAGUAUCUAUGUAUGUUUGUUUGUUUGUUUUUGUGAGCUUUUUUGUGCUAUAAUCAUCUAUUUAUAGGAAACAAAGAUUUGCUACAGCACUGACUUCAUUUUUUUAAACAAAUAAUUGAGUUACCAGUUAACAGUGAAAUGGGUAACAAUAUAUUGGUAAUUUAUAGUAUGGCACUUUUCAUUGCUUGCUUUGUUUUGUUUAAAUAGUUACAUGUUUUGUUGAUGCAGUCCAUUAGUAAGAUCACAUGCAAUCAGAGGAGGAAAAAAAUGGUGGGUUUUUUUGUUUACUAUUUAUGGAUAAGGUAAAAGCCUUAUUGCCUGAUUUUCAAAGGUGCUGGGAAUUUGCAGCCCCCUUUGAACCUGGCAGAAGCUGCAAACGCUCAGAACCUCCCCAAACCAGCCCACCCUGUUUCCGUUCCUGUGUGUUGUUACCCAGCUCUGUGUAUUUCUGGUCAGGAGAAGGGGGCCUGAAAUCGUAAGGUCCCAUUUAGUUGUUUUAUGUGGUUUUUUCCUUUGUAUUGCUGCACAAGUGUACUGGAUAAAAUACGCUUUUCAUAAAAUAUUUACCUGUUUUUAAAUGAAUUUAAUUAUCUCAGUGCAAGUUUUGUAUUUAAGAUACUGUUUGAUUUUUCUUGCUAUUUAUCAAGGCUGGCCUGAAAAGGUUUUGUGUGUUGAGGAUAUGCAACAUUUAUUAACUGCACUAUGGUAUGAUAUUGUAGCUCAGAAUAAUAACUUAAACUGUUUAUUUUCCUUUCUGUUUUGGUGGGGAGGGAAGGGUUGUGGGGAGAGAAGAUACCGUACGUGUUCCUGAAGUUAGUUUUUGGCCUGUUGGAUCGUGUAGGCCUGAUUCUUGCCACAAAUAGUGUAGUUUUAGAAACAGACAAACCGAGUCUGUUUUAGUAUUAGUAAGGGAUAUUUCUGGUUUUAAGUCAUGGGUUUUACUAGCACCUCGUAAGCUUUUUUAGAGAUAUAUAAUAGAAAUAGAUUUUGCAAUUGAUGUCAGAUGUACUUAUAUGACAUAGUCAGUUGCCGAGAGUUUUAGGUUUCCAUCCAUUGUAACGAUGUUCAGUGUUAAAGAAAAAAAAGAAAUCACUAGUUUACACUAUUACUGCUGAUAAUUUUGGUACACUUGCUGGAACUUAAAGUAAGGCCCUGAAGAACCAGAAAGUACCUUUUACUGUUGAUACAAAUUGUAUCUUUUUAACUGAGAACUAUUUUGAUUUGUAGAUUUAGUAGAAACACAAAUGUAUAACUAUAACUAGUCUUUUGGGCAACAUUUUAUCCCUUAUUUAAAAAAGUAGAGAUUUCAGACAUAGAAUAGACAUAGGAAAGUAACAGUAAAUAUUUAUUUAGGCGUCUGUCUCAAUUUCACAUAUCAAAACGAAAAAAAGAAACUAUUGGCAUCUUCUUCCUUCUAAAAUCUUUGUAGCGGGAACUCACUAAAAUAAAGGUAAAAUGCUGCCUGAAAAUGACGUCCAAGCACCUUUGAAUACGAAGACGUUUUCACUACUUGUGUGACACCAUGUGUUGCAGCGAGUAGGGUUUGGGUAUACAGUAAAUGCUUCUAAAGAGCAUUGUGCUUAUAGACAUAUCCAAUAAUCUGAACCGUGUUCAGCAAACCAAUUCAGGACGUAGUGCUCUUGCAGCUUCCACUGCUGAUGCGCUGCGGGAUCUGCCGCUGCUCGUCCCUGCAGCGAUACCGGAGGGACUCUGUGCUGUCUGUCCUGCGUGGUCUGGUUAGGGAGAGGACCUCGUCACCUCUGGCAACAGUUUUUCCCUGGAUUUGGUUGGUCGCCACCGGUAGAGCAUGUUUUAAUGUGGAGAUCGAUGCAGCGCUGACGCUGAGGUUUGGACUGGGAAAUGGGUCUCAUCUUAGUUGUACACUAAGAUUAUUUUAGAUUGAAUUACACUUACGUACUACACCAUAGUGUAGAUGCAGCUGUUUUAAUAAUGCAAUUAUUAUAUUUGUGGUUUUAAUGGGUUUCUACAGUUAUUUUUUAUGUAGGAAUUUACUUCUGCCAAAAGUUGAAUUACUUUAAGCAUGAACAGAAACAUUGUGUGUGUAAUAGAGGCAUUUUGUCUUUUUCCCUACCACGUGAGCAUCAGAAUGCUUCUUACCAUGUACAUGUAGCGGUACAUCUAGAGUACUGGAUGCGCAGGCUUAGCAACGUUGUUAAAAUGGUGCAAGGAGACAUGUGGGACUGUGUGCUGCAGCGCCCAGACCCGGGUUGUCAGUAUUGAUUGUGUACAUUUAAUGCAGUAUUGAAUCCCUGAAAGUGUGUUGAUUGCUAAAGAAUUCUUGUCAUAGGUUCUGUGUUUUGUACUCAAGCACUGAAAAUGCUUUAAAAGUAUAAGAACAGGAGUAAUUUGGUGGUUUUAACGUUGUGCAAUGAUGUGCUAGUUCCCCUUAGACUCUCUUUUGUUGGGUAAAGCAAAUUUACUGUGGACAACAUAUCGGCCUUGCUAUUUCCUUUGGUUUUGCUGUGAUAGUGGAGAGAAUGAGGAGCUGCAUGUGAACUCCUCCACAAUGAAGCAGUCAGUCGAUAUAUUUAACAGCCUUUAGAGAGGACACCAGUAAUAAAUAUGAACACAAAGAUACUGGCCAAAUACUACAUUUGUCAAUGUAAUUGUGUUGAUGCAAAUUGAACUGUAACAUCCCGUGGUUACAGGUAGUGCAGUGGUACUGCCUUUGCCACAGCUGAUUGCUAGAAUUGCAGUGGAGGAUUAAGUACCUCAGAAUUAGGCCUGUCCCACCUUCUUAAAGAGGGCAACACUUUCCCUUGCCUUUAGAACUUGAGAGUUGUUUUGAUACUUAGCAGAAACUCUGUAUUUUUAGGUGCAGUCCUGAGCUAUUAUAGGUACAUCAGUAAUGGCAUAUAGAUACACAGUAUUUUGAACACACAUUUACGUCAGACAUCUGCCCACAGUUGUUUUGUAUACAGUGUGUUGCCAAUAUUUAAGAGUUUUUAAUAUGUCCCAUGAAUACCUAACUUGGAGCUCAAUGUGCCAGGCUGUGACAGUAUUAAUGACAUUGUUGUCUUUUUUUUUUACAACAACUAUGUGUGUGCAUAUAGAUAUACACAUUCACGUACACUUGGCAAGUGGGUUUAAGACUACUGCUAAUAGUCAGAGGUAAGAUCAUCUUUUCAGGUGUCCUGUUUUCUGUGGUAUGUCUGAAUUGUAGCUUGGUCCUCCACUGCAGAAGAGCUCUGGGGAGAGCCACAAGCCUGAUGUGUUCAUGUGACACCCCAAAAAGAAGGGGUGCCAGUCAGGUGAAGCCCUGGAGAGGGACUUCUGCAGCCUUGGAGUGCGUGGACUGUUGCUGAGCUGCUGGUGAUCUUCUGCUGUGAACGUCAUAGCUAACGGUGAAGGCUUUUGCAACCCCAUCACAGCUUUGGGUGUAAACCAGAGUACCUCACUUGGAGUGGAGAGCUGGGCACGUCUGCCCCGGCAGGGUGAACGCCUCGGGUGAGACACACCGCAGCAUCCUCCCGCAGUAAGAGACUACCAAAAUGUCUGUCAGCUCUGUCAGCUGAUGGUCUGACCAAGGUAUUUUUGAUGUGUAAAGCUUGAAAUGGGAGACACAAUGCUUUCACGCUCUCUGGAGCAUUUAGAAAAAUACCCAACUGACUUUUCACUGCUACUGAGAAUUUAAAAUACUGUGCAAUUGAAGAGACCGUUUUUUAAAAUAAAAAUAAUGUAGAAGUUA